CCGAGGGACGAAUGGGUGCUAAGAGGAGGUACUAAGAACUUGUAGGGAUACCGUCACUUUGGCGGCAGUUCCAGUUUGAGAAUUCAGUACACAGAAGACCGCGGAAGACGUAGAACCAGUUGUGAGGACGAAAAUACAGCUCAUAUCGUAAGUUUCUUCUGUUUGUACAGAUUAGUGUCAUAGACAGAAAAAAACAUGCCCAGCACACGGUCCCAGAGCCAGUCCACCCUGCCGUUCCCCAGACGGAAGUCUUCCAGGCCUGUCCCCCGGUCCAAGAGCAUCACCACACCAGAAGACGCGGAGCAGGUCCCACCCCAGCCCCAGGCACCAGCAGCAGCAGCAGCCACUACUGCUAAACCAGCCCCAGACACCCCUCUCUCGCCCAGGCACUCAGCCCUCAAGAAUGCCCCUCCGUCCCCAAGGCUGCCCCUGAGCCCACGGAAGCGCAUGGGCGAUGAGAACGGAUGCAACACCCUUCCCAGCAUGCUGGGUUCCCCACCAAAGCAGAGCCGCGUCGCCCUAACAUCCCCUCAGAAACUACCCUCCCCUCACAAGAUGACCGCCCUGUCUCCCCACAAACUCAACCUCUCGCCGUACAAGCGCAAGUCCACCGGCUCCUCGUCCUCUCCACGCAAGCUCUCCUUCGACGAGAACACCCCAGUGUUCACCUCGCCAGCCCGCUCAAAGCCCGCUGCAGACGUCCCGCUCUCCCCCUUGUCCCGGAACUCCCCCCUGAAGCGCCAGGAGACGCCCAGUAAGAAGCCAGAGGGGAAACCUGCCGUCAGCACACGCCUCUUCCCUGAACAGAAGUCCCAGUUCCAGAGCGUGAAGCAGGCCCUCCACACGGCGGUGCCCGAGAGGCUGCUGUCCCGCGAGGCAGAGCGCGCCUCCAUCGUCUCCUUCCUGGAGGCCCACGUGGUGCCCGGCCUGCCCUCCAGCCUCUACAUCUCCGGCGCCCCCGGCACGGGCAAGACGGCCUGCCUCAACUGCGUGCUGCAGGAGAGAGAGGACCUCCUGAAAGGUGUUGAGAAGGUGGUGGUGAACUGCAUGACGCUGCGCAGCUCCCACUCCAUCUUCCCACUGCUGGCCGAGAAGCUGGGGGCCGCGCGGGGAGGGGCACACGGGCAGGCCGGCGAAGCACGCCUGGAGAAGCUCCUGACCAGCAGCGGACCCACUGUGCUGUUGGUCCUGGACGAGAUGGAUCAGCUGGACAGCAAGAGCCAGGAGGUGCUGUACACCAUCUUUGAAUGGCCCUACCUCCCCAAGUCUCGCCUCUGUCUCAUCGGUAUUGCCAACGCCCUGGACCUGACGGACCGCAUCCUGCCGCGUCUGCAGGCCAAGCCCCACUGCCGGCCACAGCUGCUCCACUUCCCCCCCUACAGCCGACAGGAGCUCACCGCCAUCGUCCAGGACCGCCUCACACAGGUGGGUGGAGAGGGCGUUCUGGAUGCCUCAGCUGUACAGUUCUGUGCCAGGAAGGUGUCUGCCGUGUCUGGCGACGCUCGCAAAGCCCUCGACAUUUGCAGGAGGGCAGUUGAAAUGGUGGAGUCUGUGGAGAGGUCAAAGAAGUCUUCCGAACCGGCGGCUGAUAAAAAAGCGGUGCGUGUGAGCGUGCCCCAGGUGGCACGGGUGCUAUCGGAGGUGUACGGCGACCGCAUGGCCAGCGGGGGCACUAGCGGCUCGGACGCGGGCGAGAGCUUCCCGCUGCAACAGAAGCUGCUGGUCUGCUGCCUGCUGUUGCUCACGCGCGGCGCCAAGAGCAAGGAGAUCCCCCUCGGCAAGCUGUCGGAGGCCUACGCCAAGCUGUGUGCCCAGAGGAAGGUGGGUGGCGUGGGGCAGGGCGAGUGCCUCUCCCUCUGCGGACUCCUGGAGAGCAGGGGCAUCCUGGCCCUCAAGAAGGCCAAGGAGGCUCGCCUCACCAAGGUGUCUCUGAAGAUCGAAGAGAAGGAUGUGGAGAACGCUCUGAAAGACCGUGCUCUCCUGGGCAGCAUCCUGCAAGCAGGCCUUCCCUGAACACACACACACACACACAAACACACACACACACACACACACACACACACACACACACACACACACACACACACACACACACACACAGAUGGGAAUGCUCAACCUGGCUUCUAUUUAUACACUGCAUAAUGAUUUGACCAUAUCGAUUUUAAAGCAGAUAUUUAUUUUAGGGUUUUUUUGUAAAUAGGAUUCCAUUGACAUUUUUAUUUGUACAUAAAUGUUUUGUCAAAUUAAUUCUCUAGAAUGGGAAUGCUGCAGUAGGUCCAGAAGAGUUAGGAAAUAUCUGAAGUAUUACAAGGCCAUGGUUUUAUUUUCUAACUUUUAUUGAACCUACAUUUGUAUUAUUAUUUUGCAGUUUCUGCAAACGUUACAAAUCAUUGAAGAACUUUAUAAGUUGGAGUCUGCUUGUCAUAAUGCACAAUAAUGUUUGCAAUUUGUUGUUUUUAAUUGCAUUCUUUCCUCUACCUUUUGAGAAGUGAUGUAAAAAUGUUUGUUGCCCGUGCCCUUCUCUUUUUAAAUAAAUUUUGAAAUAUGCAA